CUCUGUGGCACUAGUAGACUAGUCGUAUGCUGAUGCCCGUUUGUUUGUUCGUUCCGAAUUCAGCUGAUGUCGGGAAAGUGGUGAGCCGCUUACCCCUUUGUUUGUGUUGCGCCGUCUUUCCCUUCCAACUCUCCCUUCAUUUUUUUCUCUUAUAACCUCGUCUACAUCGAAUAUCAAUCCACCGAGUCAACAUUCAUUCCCAACAGCUCACAAUGGCCAUACCCGAGGCACACGCCCACCUAACCCAAAGCACAAUCCUCGUAACCGGAGGAUCAGGGGGCCUAGCCAGCCGAAUCCUGCAGCUCUUCGCGGAGCGAGGCAGCAAGCACCUGCACUCCCUCGACCUGCGCCCACCAUCCCACCCUCUCCCCGGCGUGAAUUACCACACAGGCGACCUAACCGACACCAGCACAAUGCAACCCCUCCUCAAACAGAUCCAACCCACGGUCGUAAUCCACACCGCAAGCCCAAAAUUCGACUCCCCGAACCGAGCCCUCUACAAAGUCAACGUAGAAGGCACGCGCACCAUUCUCCAGAUCGCCCGCGAAUCAGGCACGCAAUGCUUCGUAUACACCAGCUCAGCCAGCGUAAUCAGCGACGCGCAGACGGACCUGAUAAACGCCGAGGAGACUUACCCCGUGCUCCUCGAGGAGACGCAACAACCGGAAUACUAUGUCUACACCAAAGCCCUAGCGGAAUCGUACGUGCUGUCGCAGAACCAGCGCCGAGGAGCCAAACAGUUCCUGACCUGCGCGAUCCGGCCGUCGGGCAUCUUCGGCGUGGGCGACCUGGUCGUGCUCCCGGGCAUCCUGGGAGCGUAUUUCCGUGGCCGGACGAAGUGGCAGAUCGGCGAGAAUCGGAAUCGGUUUGACUUUACCGAGAAUACCAAUGUCGCGCACGCGCAUUACCUGGCUGCUGCGGCGUUGCUGGAUCAAGUCUAUGGCUUGGGACACUAUGACUCGCCCGAGGAUGAGGAGAAGACAAAGAUAGAUGGGGAGGCGUUUUUCAUCACCAACGAUGAGCCGCGGUACUUCUGGGACUUCACGCGGCUGGUGUGGGGGUUCGCGGGCGAUACGACAAGGCCCGAGCAGGUGUGGGUGAUUCCGCGGUCGUGGGCAUUGCGUCUGGCUGGGUGCUUGGAGUGGGUGUUCUGGGGUCUGCGAUUGGGCGAGCCCCCGUUGACCAGGACAAAAGUCCGGCUUAGCUGUAUGACGAGGUAUUUUUGUAUUGAUAAAGCGAAGUCGCGGCUUGGGUAUCGGCCGGUCGUGGGCCUGGAGGAGGGACUGCAGCGGGCGGUGGAAGACUGUAUGGGUCGGCGGGCUGCUGGGGACUUGAAAAUUGCUUGAAUAAAUAUUGAUUGUUGUCAAAAAGCGCAAUGGCCAAGCGCGUUGCUGG